AUGUAUUGCCAGAAAUGUCGCACGCCGCUGAAGCUGGAUGGCUCUGUAGAGUCACUCAACCCAGCUGCCUUUGACUUAUUAUCCAACUCUACAGGAAAGGCGUCAGAUACCGGAGCUGUUUCCUCGUCAGCGCGAUCGUCCUAUCCGCCCGAACACCGCGACAAGUAUGACCAAUCCUCUAGAAAUGCUACGUCGCCAGUUUACAGACGGUCUAUCCCCGCCCCGCGUGCAGGAGGCCAGCACCACCCGCCCGCAAUACCCCGAACCGAUAGCGGCAAUAUGUCAUUCGUGAUGCUCACUGAGUCUCAAGUUACGCCGCCACCGGUCAGUGAGAGUAACUCUGCUACCCGAGGCAAGCGAAAUCCUACACAAGCCCAACUCCGGGGCCAGGAGGAUAAGUCAUUCGUUGAUCAAGUGGAGAAGACGACACGGCUGUUUGAGAUAGUCUCAGCGCGCUCCGAUAUCGACCAUCCUAUUUGCGUGGAAUGCACUGAGCUACUUGUGGAAGGAUUACAAAAACGCUUGGCAGGGUCUACAAAGGAGCGAGAUGCAUACAUUUCAUUUCUUCGAAACCUAAAUAGGUCCAUUCCGACCGAGGAGGAGCUGCAGGCGGCACAGAAAUCGUUGGAUGAGAGCCUAGAAGCGGAACGGGCCGCAUUUGCAGAGCUGCAGGCAUUUGAGAAAGAAAAGGCUACUCUAGAUGCAGAGAUCGCCAAUUUGGAAAUCGAAUCGCAACGCCUGGAUGCGGACGAGGAGAGCUUUUGGCGGUCUCGCAAUGCGUUCGCCUUGACGCUCACUGAGUUUCAAAGCGAACGGGAUGCGCUCAAUAUGCGGUAUGAUCAUGACUCCCAGCAGCUUGAGAGGCUGCAACGGACGAAUGUCUACAAUGACGCGUUUUGCAUUGGUCAUGAUGGAUAUUUCGGUACUAUCAAUGGACUACGGCUGGGCCGGCUAGCCAAUCCUUCUGUUGACUGGCCUGAAAUUAAUGCUGCAUGGGGACAAACAGCUCUACUUCUGGCCACGAUGGCCGAGAAACUCGGGUUCCAAUUCCAGGGGUAUCGUCUCAAACCACUAGGGUCUAACUCGCGGAUUGACAAGAUUGAAUAUCCCAUGCAGCCAUCCGGUCAGCCGGUCGAGGGAGCUGCACCUAAAGUGACCCAACUAGACCUGUUUUCGUCCGGGGAUCUCCCGCUGAACCUUCCUUGGCUCCACCGUCGCUUUGACUCGGGCAUGGUGGGGUUCCUUGAGUGUCUCCGCCAGCUGGGGAAGUUUGUUGAAACGACGCCAGCACCAGUUAUAUCUCCCCGUCGCGGCCAGACUGGCGCCACCGCACCAGGGCUAAAGCUGCCCUACGAGAUCAAGCGGGACCGUAUUGGCGAUGCCAGCAUCAAGUUGGGCUUCAACCAGAACGAUGAGACAUGGACUCGAGCCUGCAAGUACACGCUCACUUGCUGCAAGUUUCUCCUUGCGCAUGCCAGCAAUCUCGCUAGCGCGGGGUCUAGCAACUCAGCUGCUGUCGCGGCUGCAGCUGUAGCAGCCGCCGACCAAGCCCGACAAACAACAGCCCCGAGGAAUAAACCAUGA